GUAAAAAUAAAAUCUCAUUAUCAACGAAACAGAGCCAAUUAGAAUACUUACACGUAUUUUAUAGUCUUGAACCGAUGAAAUGGUUUUUGACAAAUUUGUAGUUUUACUUGUUUUAUUCGCUGGUGGCUUCUCGACAGCUGUGGAAGAUGCAACAGGACAAAAGCCGGAAACAUCCUUGGACACAUGGCAGUUAAAACCUGGUUUGAAAACGAAUAAUCAACGAGAAAACCAGCUUCAUAUGCGUGUAGAUUACUUUGAGAAGCGAGAGGAUGAUAUUCUCAAACGAAUGGACCAUCUCGAGACACUAGAAAAGAAUAUUCUUCUGCGUAUGAAAAGCCUAGAGAUUCAAGAAGAGAAUAUUCUAAGGCGCCUGGAGAAUUUAGAGAUACGAGAGAAAGAAAUGAAAACUCGCAUGGAACGUAUCGAAAUUCAGGAAAAUGAAAUCAAUGGUCGCAUGGAACAUCUUGAGACUCGAGAAAAAGAAAUAAAUAGGCGAUUGAAUCAUCUUGAAUCACAAGAAAACGAGGCUCUCUCGCGGAUGGAACAUCUUUUGUCACGAGAAAUAAAUCACAGCGAACGUAUGCAUACCCUCGAGGCACACGAAAAAAAGACAGGUAUGAAGGAUGAGUCUAUAAAAUGGCACAAUGACAAGGUAGUACAAACGUUGCUGAAGAACCCCGGUGAUGAAGAAGAAAUCAUUGCAUCGAGAAAGGACAAAGACAUGCCUGUAGUUGUAAGAGAUAUAAUACAAGCACCUUAUAUAAAACAAAGAGUUCGACGUGAUCAAACUCCUCAGGCCUUUUUUGCAACCCUCAGCCGUGAUGUACUUCGUGCAGGGGUUCAUCAGAUUUACGUAUUUGACAACGUUAUCACGAAUCUAGGCCAUGGCUACAAUAACCAUAACGGCAAUUUUGUCGCGCCCAUGGACGGAACUUAUGUUUUCUCCGCUACACUAAUGUCUAUGUAUAAAAGAAAUACGCGUGCCGCGUUCUUCCGAAAUGGGAAACUUGUAAGUCAGAUGUACCUCACCGGAAUUGACUCCGCGCAUGCAACAGCAAGUCAGACUAUCAUACUUCAGCUACGUCAAUGGGAUGACGUAAGCAUCCAUAACCUAGAUGCUGACACCGGCCUGGCUGGAUCACACUAUAGUGUGUUUUCUGGAUAUUUACUCUACGAGGGAUAUCCCACUCCACCGGUGGUAGGAAAGUAGUAUCAAUUGGACUUGUUAUAUUUAUUUCAUACAACAAUACAAACGAAAAUAAAUAUUUUCAUA